CCGCUUCCUGAGGGUUCUGAAACGAUUGAAAGAUUUAAAGAUUUAUUUAAAGUGUUGCUUUGGUCUGUGCUGGGUUGGUCAGAACCUUAGCGAUCCUUUGAUAUUCUUUCAGUUGAUGCUUUGAUCUUCUACCCUGGGUCCAGUCGAGGCUGUCUCUCUUGCCUCCUUCAUCUUCAUCUUCAUCAAUAAUCUAUAAUCAGUCAUUCUGAAGAACCCUCCACAAUGACAAGCAUCAUCCCGCGCCCUCUCAGCCGCUUCCGCAAACAAGACUCCUCAGACCGAGAUCGCCGUCUCCAUGAACGAUGGGGCGAUGUAUCCAUCUCUGCUCCCACAGGUGGCUCGUGGAAUCAGUUCUCUACCCCUCAUCAUCAACCACCAACCCACCACCACCACAACAGUGACCUCCGCUAUGGUCCAGGCUAUGUGUCGGAACAACAUGCUGCCUCCACCAGAAGCAGCAGCAACAGUAACAGCAGCAACCGACUAAACACCUUCCACCCCCGCCGUCUCUCAACGCGCCUCGCAACCCGCAGCAAGACCCCCACCCUCACAGAAAGUGAUGAACCCCCCAGCCCAACAGGCUCCUGCCACCCGCUCAUCGAGCGUCGUCCGGAUUUCGCCUACCGUCCUAUCCACCAGGAUUAUCCGGCCGAGGUGGCGUCAACCACUACACACAGAAUGAGUCUCGAGCCGUCGCAGCGGUUCCGCUAUAUUCCUGCCACUGCGCAGUCUACCCGGUCUUCUUCUACAGGACGCGCCAGUGUGAGGGAUAGUGUGCAGACUGUCUGGCCGGAGGAGUAUGCGGAUAAAACGCCGCGGUAUCGGGAGAGUAUUUGCUAUGGGGAUAAUGAUGAGGAUGAUGAUGAUGGAUCUCGUCGGUCGGAGUAUAGAGGUAGUGCGGACUAUAGUCGGCGGUUUAGUGUGGGAGUGAGUGAGAAGAAGAAGAAACGGGCUACGAAGACGCUGACGAUGACUAUGGUUCCUGACUCGGACGAUAUUUAUGGAUGAUUUAAUUUAAUUCAUUGCUUGGUUGGAGUUUGUUGGUGCAUUAUGGGAGUUUUGAGCGGGCGUUGUGGAUUACUAUGAUAUUAUUGAGCGUAUUGAUCAAUGAUGAAUUAAUGAUAUUGGACUA